AUGUCAAAAAGAGAAAUCGAAGAUUUAUUAAAUAAAAAAACGGGAUUAUAAAAAGAAGUAAUAAAUAUGAGUAAAGAAAAAAGUAAUUUAUUAAAUAAAAUUUCAGCGGCUGAAGAACUUGCCCUUGCUAAUUUUCGAAAAUAAGGCUCUAAAAGGAUUGAUUAUUGUGAUUUUGGUACUCGCGAAAAAUGCCAAUAAUCUCGAAAUACAAACGUCCCGUGUACUAAAUCACAUUUUAAAAAAAUUAUUAGACCACAUACUGAUGAGAAUUUAGGAAAUUGUUCUUAUUUAGAUACUUGUAGACAUAUGGAUUAUUGUAAAUUUGUACAUUAUGUUUUAGAUGUUGAUAUGUAUAAUUUAAAUACAGAUAAUAUUUAAGAAUAAAAUGAAAAAAGAUUAAAUCCAUAAUGGAUUAAUUGUGAUUUGAGAUAUAUUGAUUUCAAUAUUUUAGGUAAAUUUAAUGUCAUAAUGGCUGAUCCACCAUGGGAUAUACAUAUGACUUUGCCUUAUGGGACAUUAAAAGAUAGAGAAAUGAAAGCUAUGAGAGUAGAUAUUUUGUAAGAAGAAGGUUUUAUAUUUUUAUGGGUAACAGGAAGAGCUAUGGAAUUAGGAAGGGAAUGUUUAAUAAACUGGGGUUAUAAGAGAGUUGAGGAAGUAAUAUGGAUAAAAACCAAUUAACUUUAAAGAAUUAUAAGGACUGGUAGGACUGGUCAUUGGUUAAAUCAUUCUAAAGAACACUGUUUGGUUGGAAUAAAAGGAAAUCCUAAAUUGAAUAGAAAAGUGGACUGUGAUGUAAUAGUAUCUGAAGUAAGGGAAACUAGUCGAAAACCAGAUGAAAUUUAUAAUUUGAUAGAAAGAUUGAGUCCAGGUGGUAAAAAAAUCGAACUUUUUGGAAGACCGCAUAAUACUAUGCCUGGAUGGCUUACAUUAGGAAAUUAAUUACCAGGUAUAUAUUUAGAAGAUUAGGAUAUAGUUGAUAGGUAUUAAGAUGCAUACCCAGAUUCGGAUCUAUCCAAAGAAGAAAUGGAAAGAAACAAAAUUAGAAUGAAAAAUGAAAAUGAUAUCGAAAAUAUCUAUAAUUCACAUAUUUAGAAUAUUCCGCCGUUUAAAACAAAGCAGUUGCAAAAAGAUCUUAGUGUAGGAGUUGGGUUGGGAUAAUAGAAUUAAUAAGUUAGUCAAGGAGGAUAAAGUUAGCUAUUAGGAAGACAGUAGAAUUAAUAGUAAUAAUAAAAUAAUUAAAAUGGAAAUUCAUAAACAUAGAUUAAUUUUAAGUGAUAUUUAUAAAAAAAAAAUAUACUUAUUAUAUAUAUAUAUAUAUAUAUUUAUUUGUAUUUUUUGUAUUAUACAAUAAGGAAUUAAUAAUAUUAGUUAUUUAUUAUAUA